ACAUAUAAGUGUGAGUACGUGAGUCGGUGCAGCUUGUGUCAGAAGUAAAGUAAAACUUGUUUUUUUCUCUGGUCCCCACAGGCGUGAAGCGAACCCCGAACACAGAGAUCACAAAACAGCCGCGUUCUUGGUACUCCAUGCUGUGUAACAGAUGGCUCUCGCUGUUUGGGACCCUGAUCUGUCUGAUCAUCAUGUUCACUAUCCAGUGGAUCUUUGCCCUCAUCGAGCUCACCGUGUUCCUGCUCAUCUACUUCUACAUCGGCCGCGCCAGCCCCGGAUACUUCCCAG